CACUUGCCAGUCAAGUCGCUGGUAUUGUGUCACGAAAAAUGAACCGAUUGUUGAUAAAAUAAUUUUCACGAAAUUGGAAAAUCUAUUACAUAAAAUGGCAUUUUUCCGAGGGUGGCGCUAUGUUGCCUUUGUUUCUGGUUUUGUAGGUUUCCUAGGACUUGCACUUUAUCCUAUUGCGAUAGCCCCUAUGAUUGACCCUUCGGAAUACAGAAAGAUUCAAAAGGAGGCACGGAAAAAUAUUAGGCAGGAAGACAUUCAACCUGGCAAUAUGAAGAUUUGGACAGAUCCAUUUGGACGUAAGAAGCCGGAGAGUGAUUAAGCGCAACUAGAUGUAUUAUAGUAUUUUUAAUUAAUUAAUUAUAGAAGAAACUUGAUGAAUUGUUA